AUGGAGAGGGAGGGCGGCCGUUGUGAUGAGGCCCAGGUGGCACGGACGUUGUGGGCCACUCCAAUUGUUUCUUUUUGCCUUCUCUCUUUCUCUCUCGUCACUACUCACAAAGCCAAGAUGUCUCUCCGUACUACUUCGGCUCUCCGCAACGUUGCGCGCCGCGCCGCGGUCGCUCCCCGUGCCAUUGCGCCGGUGAUGGUCGCUCGCCGCCACAACUCGGGCCAGGCCCCGCCUCCCCCCCCUCCCAAGUCGGGCAACGGCAUGUUCAUUGCUCUCGGUAUCGCGGCUCUCGCUGGCGGUGGCUACUACUACUACUCGCAGCAGGAGGGCGGCGCCUCGGCCACGGCUGAGAAGACCAAGGCCGACUACCAGAAGGUCUACAACGCCAUUGCCGAGGGCCUCGAGAAGGAGGGCUACGACGACGGCUCGCUCGCUCCCGUUGUUCUCCGUCUCGCCUGGCACUCGUCGGGCACUUACGACAAGGACACCAAGACUGGCGGCUCCAAUUACGCCACCAUGCGCUUCCCCGCUGAGGGAGGUCAUGGCGCCAACGCCGGCCUCAAGAUCGCCCGCGACUACAUGGAGACCAUCAAGAAGCAGUUCCCCUGGAUCUCGUACGGUGACCUCUGGACUCUUGGCGGUGUCGUCGCCGUCCAGGAGACUGGUGGCCCCGUCAUCCCCUGGCGGCCCGGCCGUAUUGACGGCUUCGAGGUGAACCAGACCCCGGACGGCCGUCUCCCGGACGCGGCGCAGGGUGCCAAGCACAUGCGCGACAUCUUCUACCGUCAGGGCUUCAACGACCGUGACAUUGUCGCUCUUUGUGGCGCCCACGCCCUCGGCCGCUGCCACAGUGACCGCUCUGGCUACGAAGGCCCCUGGACCUUCUCGCCUGUGUCCUUCUCGAACUCGUUCUACGACCUCCUCCUCAACGACGCUUGGCAGUGGAAGAAGUGGAAGGGCCCCGACCAGUACGAGGACAAGAAGACCAAGUCCCUUAUGAUGCUUCCCACCGACAUGGCGCUCAUCACCGACUCGAAGUUUAAGCCCAUUGUCCAGGAGUACGCCAAGGACGAGGAGGCCUUCUUCAAGGACUUUGCCAAGGCGUUCUCGACCAUGAUUGAGAACGGUGUCCCUACUGAGCAGUUCAAGACCAAGGAGCCCUGGAACAUGGAGUCGUCUUAA